AUGGGACAAUCUGUAACUACCCCUUUGAGUCUGACCCUAGGUCACUGGAGCGAAGUCCAGGGCCGAGCGCACAACCAGUCAAUGGACGUAAAGAAAAAGAGAUGGCAAAACCUCUGUGCUUCUGAAUGGCCGACAUUUAACGUCGGCUGGCCCCGUGAUGGGACUUUCGACCUUGGUAUUAUCUUGCAGGUGAAGGAACGAGUCUUCGAUGCCGGGCCCCAUGGACACCCUGACCAGGUGGCCUAUAUUGUCACCUGGGAAAAUCUGCCCUCUGACCCACCCUCUUGGGUGGCUCUCUUUGUCAACUCCAAACCCCCUUCUAAAUCUUUCCCCGAGACUGAUGUGGCCCCACUUUCACAGGGACCCACUGCUCCUCCUUUGCCUUCUUCUGUACCACUCAUUCCCUCUCAGGCUUCUGCCAAAUCUCAAUUAUAUCCUGUCCUCAAGAAAGAGAAAACCCCUCACUCCAAAUCUAUUCUUCCUGCUGAUGAGUCUGAUCUUAUAGAUUUACUUUCAGAAGACGGAACCUCCCCCCCUUAUCAGCCCCUUACCCAGGGCACUGUAGGUGGCGGUGAUGCCCGGCAUAGGGGUCCGGACAAACCAGACAGUACCAGUACCACUCCUGCCCUGGACAAUGGACAAGAAGACACUACUGCAGACUCCCCAGUAGCUGGCAGACUCAGUGGUCGAAGGGAGACAGCCACAGAAGGAACCUCCCGAGCCUUUCCCCUGCGCCAGACUGCUGGACCAGGAGGCCAAUUUCAAUACUGGCCUUUCUCGGCGUCCGACCUCUAUAAUUGGAAAUCUAACAACCCCUCCUUCUCCAAAGACCCUGUAGCUCUCUCUAAUCUAAUUGAAUCCAUCCUAAUAACCCAUCAACCCACUUGGGAUGACUGCCAACAGCUUUUGCAGGUCCUUCUAACCUCAGAAGAAAAACAACGUGUCUUCCUGGAGGCGCGAAAGAACGUCUUAGGAGAUGAUGGGAGACCCACUCAGUUGCCUAAUGAAAUUGAGGAAGCUUUUCCCCUAAAUCGUCCUGACUGGGAAUUCAAUACUGCUGCAGGUAGGGGACACCUGCGCCUUUAUCGCCAGUUACUCAUAGCGGGCCUCUGCGGCGCUGGACGCCGUCCCACGAAUUUGGCUCAGGUAAGACAGAUAACCCAGGGACCAGAGGAAACUCCGACUGCAUUUUUGGAGAGGCUAAAGGAAGCCUACCGUAUGUAUACACCCUUUGAUCCUGAUAGUAACGAGCAAAGGGGCAAUGUUUCUAUGGCUUUCAUUUGGCAGUCGGCUCCAGAUAUUAGGACUAAGUUGCAGAUUAAUUUACAAGAUUAUAGCCUGCAGGAUCUGGUACCAGUUACCUUCUUGGUGGACACUGGAGCCCAACAUUCAGUUCUCACUGAAACGAACGGGCCAUUGAGUACCAAAACAGCUUGGGUACAAGGAGCCACCGGAGGAAAACAAUACCGAUGGACCACGGAGAGAAAAGUUCAUCUCGCAUCAGGUAAAGUCUCACAUUCCUUUUUGCAUGUACCGGACUGUCCAUAUCCAUUACUGGGUCGAGAUCUACUGACUAAAUUAAAAGCCCAGAUCCAUUUUGAAGGAUCAGGAGCUAAAGUCUCUGGCACAAGGGCUCCACUUCAAAUAUUAACUUUACAAUUGGAAAAUGAAUAUAGACUUUUUGAAAAGCCUCCUGAACAGCAGGAAGGAAUGGACUUAUGGUUAAAACAAUACCCCCUGGCCUGGGCAGAAACAGGAGGCAUGGGACUGGCCAUACAACAGCCACCCCUAAUAAUUCUCCUGAAGGCAACAGCCACCCCUGUCUCAAUUAAACAGUAUCCCAUGUCAAAUGAGGCAUAUCAAGGAAUCAAGCCUCACAUUAAGAGACUAUUAGACCAAGGGAUCUUGAUCCCCUGCCGAUCCCCAUGGAACACUCCACUUCUGCCUGUAAAGAAGCCAGGAACCGGGGAUUACAGGCCAGUCCAAGAUCUUAGGGAAGUCAAUAAGCGAGUGGAGGACAUUCACCCCACGGUGCCAAAUCCCUAUAACCUACUAAGCACCCUGCCUCCUACUCAUCCCUGGUACACUGUCCUGGACUUGAAAGAUGCUUUCUUCUGCCUGAGGCUGAGCCCCCAGAGCCAGCCUUUAUUUGCUUUUGAAUGGAAGGAUCCAGAACUGGGCAUUUCAGGGCAAUUGACCUGGACACGCCUACCCCAGGGGUUCAAGAAUAGCCCCACUCUCUUUGACGAGGCCCUUCACCAAGACCUGGCAGAUUUCCGGAUCAAGCAUCCAUCUCUGAUCCUCCUUGCAGCCACCACUGAACAGGACUGCACAACAGAUACUUGCAGAGAUGCAUGGAACACGGCCUGA